CACGGCGCACGCUCUUUCCGGAGGUUCGCUUGUCGUACGCUUAUCGCUGCGUCGCCGUGAUGGAUACUAGCGCGCCGAAGGCGAAAAGACAGGGCACUCGAUAUUGUUGUGUAGUUGGCUGCCACAACAGCGUGUUAAACACGAAGAAAAAAGAGCCUCCCGUGAAAUUUCCCGGCAAGUGGUUCGAGACGGACCGCCGAGAAGCCUGGAUUAGGGCUGUGCGGAGGACAAAGCCUGAUGGCUCUCCGUGGCUGCCGAAAAAAGACUCACGAAUAUGCAGCACGCACUUCGUAAACAACGCGAAGAGCGAGAGCCAGGCUAACCCAUCCUACCUGCCGACUUCGUUUCCUGACGCUUACAAAUCCUACAAACAAGUCACUCACGUUGCUCAAGCAGACAAGGUCACCCAUCCUGAAAAGACGUGGGCAAGGAGGUGCGGCUUCCUUGGGUAUGAGUCUCUGAAGUCGUCCGAGCAAACACUUCAGGACCUGUGCGGUGUAACAAUGACGGUCUUCAGCAUCUUGCUCAACCUUCUGCCCGAUCAACGGUACAGGUCGUCAGAUGUCACAAAAGAGGACAAAUUGGCCCUGUUUUCGAUUAAACUUAAGCUGGGUAUAAGUUUAACGGCACUGGGUGCCAUUUUCGGUGUAAGUAAGUCAACUGCCUCACGGGUGUUCAGGCUUACACUAGAUUGUCUUAGUGUAAAACUAAAUAAGUGGGUGUUUGUUCCCCCGCGGUGUGCAAUUAAGGACACUCUCCCGGAAUGCUUUGUUCAGCAUUAUCCCCAGUGCACAUUUAUAAUCGACUGCACUGAAAUCCGGACGGAAACCCCUACAGAUCCAGAAGCACAACAUUACCUUUACUCGAACUACAAGGGAUCCUACACUUUGAAAUUCCUUAUCGCAAUCCUUCCAAAUGACAUGGUGUCAUUCAUUUCGAAAGUUUACGGCGGCAGGCACUCGGACAGUUUCAUUACUCGAGAUUCUGGAUUUUUGUCACUUAUCGAACCGGGUGAUGUGGUGCUCUGCGACAAGGGGUUCACUGCUAUAAAAACCACCAUGGAAGACGAGGGCGCUGUUUUAGUGAUGCCUCCUUUCAAUGUUGGAGGAGGGCAGCUUUCCAAGGAAAACAUGGAGACUACUUUAAUUAUCGCCCAGGUGCGCAUUCACGUGGAGAGAGCUAUUCAGAGGCUGAAACUACACAAUGUGUUGACAAACCGUGUGCCACUGACUCUAAUUCCACAAAUGGGAAAAGUGAUGCAAGUCUGCAGUGCCCUCGUCAACAUACAGAGCCCAAUCAUAAAGUUGUAAAGAAUGAAGACGAGCUGUUUGGGAAAUGACGUAAUCGUAAACCACUAGAAAACAGUAUCAAAUAGUUGGGAACACCAGCGUUUAAAGCGUGACAUACAAUUUUUAAACAUUUGUCAAAUGUACAGACAAUAUUUUUUUGGAACACUUUGCUAUGAGCAGUAUUAAAAAAGCAAUCACAAAUA